AUCGCCACCAUGUCGACGAUAGUGAAGGAAGCUUCCCAAAGCUCGUACCCCCCCGUCAUCCCCAAGGACUUCAACGGCAACCAGCCCAAGACGAUUCGCCUGUUCCCUCUGAGCAACUACACGUUUGGGACAAAAGAUGGCCAGCCAGAAGAGGACCCGUCUGUUCUUGCGCGCCUGAAGCGCCUGGAAGAACACUAUGCCGAGCAUGGCAUGCGCCGAACUUGCGAGGGCAUCUUGGUCUGCCACGAGCACAACCACCCGCACAUUCUUAUGCUACAGAUUGCAAACGCCUUCUUCAAGCUCCCUGGCGACUACCUCCGCGCCGAAGACGACGAGAUUGAGGGUUUCAAGGCCAGACUGAACGAGCGCCUUGCACCAGUCGGCACGCAGUUUACAGGAGAGGGCGUAAACGAUGAGUGGGUGGUGGGCGAUACCCUGGCGCAAUGGUGGCGCCCCAACUUCGAGACCUUCAUGUACCCGUUUAUCCCUGCGCACGUCACCAGGCCAAAGGAAUGCAAGAAGCUCUACUUUAUCCAGCUUCCACGUAGCAAGGUUCUUAGCGUCCCAAAGAACAUGAAGCUCCUCGCCGUCCCGCUGUUCGAAUUGUACGACAAUACGGCACGUUACGGACCGCAGCUUUCAGCUAUCCCGCAUUUGCUCUCGCGGUACAACUUUGAGUUCGUCGAUGAGGAAGGCAACGUCGCAGCGUGCACACCGGGCGUAGGCCCACCAGAGGGAUACCGCCCUCAGACCAAAGUGCUGGCAGGCGGAGAUGGUGAGGAUGUGAAGAUGGAGCAGAAUGGAGAUGGCACAGCCAGCGAUAUUACGCUCUCUUAGAAAUCCAUCUGGUCUCAUUCCCAAUUUUCCGCUCCCGUCAUACUCGGACUCAAUUGGCGUUGGGCGUUACAAAAGCACGCGUGGCGGUAUAUAGGCCUGGCAUGACUACUGGCUUUGACAUAUUUACGCUGGAAGGGGGAUGUCCUAUGCUAAAGCAUGAGAAGAUGGCAUGACAGAUUCUGUCGAGCCCGUGGCUGAGGCAGAUUGAUUCAUCAUUAGCUAAACGAGAAAUUUGAAUGAUAACAUGAGCUGAUUU